AGUAGAGACUUGUAGGGGUUUUGGAAUUCCUUACAUGUGUACAAUUCGAGAAAAUAUCUCAAAAGAAGGGACUUUAAUUUGACUUAUGCUGCCUGAGCUUUAUUCUGUGUUCUUUUCGGAGUACAGAGUGAGGUGUUUUAACAGGAACCAAAUACUUUUGCUGUUAAUGGGUGACCAAGUAUCAGAGCUCUUGUUGGGGAUGAAGUUGCGUUCAAGUUGCAGAUCUGCUUUCAUCUUAUCUCCGAAUACAAGAAUCAGGGGUAAAAAUCCUACAAAAUCCUAACUAUCUGCUGACAAGUGGUAUGCAGAAUUUGAUUCUUAGAUUGCAGAUUACAAAAGAUUAGAAAGAAUCUUUAAACUGGUUGCAGACACUCAAUUAGUUCAGUAUGCCAGAGAAAACACACAGAAUCCUCUCUGAAUAAGAAAAAAUCUAAAAAUGUCUAGAUAUGAUUAUAGCCACCCUGAUCAUGUCCGCGGUAGGCCAAUCAUCAGCUAUGAUGUUUCUCGGGGGACUCGUUCAUAUGUCACAAGAAUCGAGUCACGUGCUGCCACCACAUAAAAGUACCCCACUUCUCAUUCGAAGGUAGAUUCCUCGAUGGUCAACCAUGGUCGUCCUCCUGAGGUUGAGAAUUUCAUCACACAAAUUCUUAAUGAAGUCAAUGGGCCACCUGGUUUGGCCACCAUCCCAAAUUCAGGGCCAAAUUGGGGCCGGCGUAGCUCUCCAGUGAGGGUGUACCCUACUAGAGACUACGGAUCUGACUAUUAUCCUAGUAGUCCACCUGUGAAAUCAAAGGUUUCAUGGGACCAUGGUGAUCCUUAUGACCAUGACGAUAGAUCACCGGGCCUUGUUUAUGAUCACCAUUCUCAUAGAGACUCUGGUAUUCCUAAUAAGGGAUAUUUGGAUCAGUCUCGCUCGAAAGCCAAGGCUCCCAGAGAUUAUGAAGCUCCUUUUAGUGGGAUAGGUCACCUUAUCCUGCUGAAGAUCCUUGGAGUCAUUAUAAGUCUCCAACUAAGUUAGAGAUCUUUGAGGGUUAUGCAGCUCCUAAAACUAAUUGGGGCUCCCCUCCAAUUAAUCCUCAUACUCCGGAAGAUCAUGAAGUGCCUAAUAAACAAUGGGACAAAUCUAGCCCAAGUUAUGGUGAUCGAUCUCCUAAUAAUCAACCUUCAAAGAUGUGGAGAGAUUACAAAUUCGGCAAUGAUCGAUGGGGCAUUUCUGGUGGGAAGCCUCAGUCCUCUGAUAGCUAUGAAAUUCCUAGAAACUCUUAUCAACCACCAGUAGAUGGGAAACCUAAUGGAGCUCCAAAGGCCUCUAAAGUGCCUCAGUCUGUUCACAGUUAUGGAAUCCAUGACAAUCAACCACGUAGAUCAUCGAGCCAUAUCCGUGAUUACUCGUUACCAAAUGAGAAAAACACGGGUGGAGUUCCGAAUAGCAGGUGGGAAAGCUCUUUGAUGAGGCCUCAAUCUCCCAAGGGUUAUGGAGUUCCUAGUAACCAAUGGUAUAGAUCAUCAAGCUCUAUUGAUGAUCACUCUCCUCCAUUAUCUAAGAAAAAUGGGGGAGUUCUUGGUGUUCCUAGCAAUCGAUGGGGAAACUCGUCAAUGAAUCCUCAAUCUCCCACGAGUCAAGGAUUUUCUAACCAUUGGGAUAGAUCAUUAAGCCUGGUUCGUGAUCACCCACCACCACCUAAGAACACUGGGGGACUUCCAAGUGUUCCAAGCAGCCGAUGGGGUAACUCGUUGACGAAGCCUUUAUCUCCCAAGGGUCAUGGAUAUUCGAACAACCAAUUGAAUAGAUCAUUAAGCCCUAACCGUGAACUCCCACCACCAACUAAAAACAAAGGGGGAGCUUUUGAUGUUCCAAGCAGUCAAUGGGGAAACUCUUUGAUGAGGCCUCAAUAUCCUGAGGUUCAUAGAGUUCCCAAUAACCAAUGGGACAGAUCAUUAAGCCCAAACCAUGAUCACCGACCACCGCCUAAGAAUACUAAAGGAGAACCUGGUGUUCAGAGCAACCGGUGGGAUAACUCGUUAAUGAAGCCUCGAUCUCCCAGGGAUAAUGGAGUUUCAAACCACCAAUGGGAUAAAACAUCAAGCCCUGACCAUGAUCGCCCACCACCAGCAACUAAGAACACCGAGGGAGUUUAUAGUGUUCCUAGGAACCGGUGGGGUGAUUCGACAAAUCCUCAAUCUCCUAAGGAUCAUGGAGUUCCCAACAAACAGUGGAAUAGAUCAUCAAGCCCCAUCCAUGAUCAGCCACCACCAAAUGGGAACAAUAGAAAAGUUUCUGGUGCUCCAAACAACCAAUGGGAUAACUCUGUAACGAAGCCUCAGCCUCAGCCUCUCAAGGAUAAUGAUGUUCCCAAAAACCAAUGGGGCAAAACAUCAAACCCUGUCCUAGAUCACCCACCACCAAAUAAGAACAAUGGGGGAGCUCUUGGUAUUCCAAGCAACGAAUGGGGUAACUCGAUGAAGCCUCAAUCUCCUAAAGAUCAUGGAGUAUCCAACAAACAAUGGGAUAGAUCAUCAAGCCCUAGUUAUGAUCAUCCAUCUGCAACAAGGAAAUAUGAUUCUGUCAAGCCUCAACCUUUUAAGAACCAUGAAAAUCCAAGGUCAAUGAGCCUUAAUCCUGAUAACCAGUGGCCAAAUUCCCCUGUGAAGUCUCGACCUUCUACAGAUUAUGGCGCUUUUAAUAAGUUGGAUAAGCAACCAAGCUUUGUUCAUGACCACUCACCACUAAGUGGUAACAUUGAUGAUCCUCCUUUAAAGCCGGCCCAAUCUCCCAAGGGUGGUUUCAACCAAUGGAAUAGGUCAUCAAGCUCACCACCAACUCGAAACACUAUAGGAGUUCCUAACAGUAGAUUGGCAAACUCUUCCGUGAAUCCUCAAUCACCUAGAGUUACAAGCAACCCUAAUGAUAAGCAAAUAGGUAAUAAUAAAGGCGAUAUUCAGAUUAGUAAGACUAAGCCCGAUGAUUAUGCUUAUGAUCAUCAACCAAAAGAAUAUGGAAGCAAAGUUGGGAUGAAACCAAGUGCCUAUCAUUCUAGUCCUCCUCGUCAAACAACCACUCCACAAAGAAAGAUAACUAAAACCAUUGAACCUUCGCCGUACCUUAAGAUUGCAACAGGCAAGUCACCUGAUUAUCUCACAAACUCACAAUCCGGAAACAAUGGAUACUCAUAUCCUGCCUCGAAAGAGCCCGUACAUGAGACUAAGACCAACAUAUAUUGAGUAUUGAAAAUGGAGAAGUUGAAAGGAAUUAUGGUGAUCAAAGUUGCCCAACUAAGCUAGACUUUGAAAAGAAUUACUUCAUCAAACAAUGAUUUAUUUUUUGCAUGGUGUAUUAAGAAAACUACAGUAAUAGUAUUGUGUAUUCAAAUAAGUACUCGUCAUUUUGCUUGUUUACAAUAUGAAACUACAUUAGUUAAUGUUAGAUUAUGUAAAUAAUCUAGUAUAUAAUUAGUUUGUAAAUUACUAAUGUAGCCUCAACCCUAACCUAGUAUACGCUUGUAUUAUAUAUUGACUUUUGAUCAAU